UUCUUCCAUUGAUACACCAAAUCAACACCUCUUCAAAACCUGAUUCCCCUUCCAAAUUCCCCCACCUCUCUUACUUCACCAAAUCUCUUGCAUUGCUUUGUUCUGGUAAAUUCAUAAUCUCUUCAAAAAUGGUGUCCGUAGAGGAGAUUCGCAACGCUCAGCGUUCCAAAGGCCCUGCCACUAUCCUCGCUUUCGGCACAGCCACUCCUUCCAACUGCGUUACACAAGCUGAGUACCCGGAUUAUUACUUCCGUAUUACCAACAGCGAGCACAUGACUGAUCUCAAGGAGAAAUUCAAGCGCAUGUGUGAUAGAUCCAUGAUAAAGAAACGUUACAUGCACUUGACUGAGGAUUUUCUGAAGGAGAAUCCUAACAUGUGUGAAUACAUGGCACCAUCACUGGAUGCGAGACAGGAUAUCGUGGUGGUGGAAGUGCCGAAGUUGGGUAAAGAUGCAGCGAAAAAAGCGAUAGCUGAUUGGGGACAACCGAAAUCCAAGAUCACUCAUCUUGUUUUCUGCACUACUUCCGGUGUUGACAUGCCGGGAGCAGAUUACCAGUUGACGAAGCUUUUAGGGCUUAAACCGUCUGUGAAACGUCUGAUGAUGUAUCAGCAAGGUUGCUUCGCCGGCGGGACGGUUCUCCGGUUGGCGAAGGAUCUUGCUGAGAAUAACAAGAAUGCUAGAGUUCUUGUUGUUUGCUCAGAGAUUACUGCGGUGACUUUCCGUGGUCCAUCAGAGACUCAUUUGGAUUCUUUGGUUGGACAGGCGCUCUUCGGCGAUGGAGCCGCAGCGAUGAUUAUCGGUGCGGAUCCAGAUACAGCCGUGGAGCGUCCGAUAUUCGAGAUUGUUUCGGCUGCUCAGACGAUUCUUCCGGAUUCUGAUGGCGCGAUUGACGGACAUCUUCGUGAAGUGGGGCUUACUUUUCAUUUGCUGAAAGAUGUUCCUGGGAUUAUUUCGAAGAAUAUUGAGAAGAGUUUGGUUGAGGCUUUUGAACCGAUUGGGAUAAAGGAUUGGAAUUCAAUUUUUUGGGUUGCGCAUCCGGGUGGACCGGCUAUUUUGGACCAGGUUGAGGAGAAACUCGGGUUGAAGGAAGAGAAACUCCGGUCUACUAGGCAUGUGCUUAGUGAGUAUGGAAAUAUGUCUAGUGCUUGUGUUUUGUUUAUUUUGGAUGAAAUGAGGAAGCGGUCUAAGGAAGAAGGGAAGGUUACGACCGGGGAAGGGUUGGAGUGGGGGGUUUUGUUUGGGUUUGGACCGGGUUUGACCGUUGAGACCGUUGUUCUUCAUAGUGUGCCGGUUCAGGGAUGAAAAUAUUACAGAUUCGGAAAUAAAAGUGCUCAACAAACUCAGCAUGCAGACUCAAAUAAAAGUUUUUAAGAUAAGAUAAUAUUGUGUUUUUAUUAUUGUGAUUUUAAUUAGUAGUCUAAUGGAAUGUAUUUUUUUUUUUUUUUUUGAAUAUUCAUGUAUGGUUAUUUUUGAAAAAAAUAUUCAUAAUAUGGGUCUGUAUUGAAGUUAUUGGCAUAAAAUUUAAUAUAUGGAUUUUUUU